CAAAAGGAGUUUAUUACCCAAAACCUAGCGAAGAAUUGAUUCAAACCCUAACUAUCCCAGAAAUACAGACCAGCAUCAAUCGAGUCGGCAGGAAUUUACACUCUCUUUCUCUCUAAACUUCGCUAGGUAGUGGAGUAUCAACGACUAUGGCGACAGAAGCUUCUAGAUCGUCAACUUCGUCUGCCGAUUCGUACAUUGGAAGCUUAAUUAGCUUGACUUCCAAGAGUGAAAUCAGAUAUGAGGGCAUUUUGUAUAAUAUCAAUACCGAGGAAUCCUCCAUCGGAUUGACCAACGUAAGAUCGUUUGGAACUGAAGGGCGAAAAAGAGAUGGUCCACAACUCAUGCCUAGUGACAAGGUUUAUGAGUACAUAUUAUUUCGUGGAAGUGAUAUUAAGGAUCUUCAGGUGAAAUCAUCUCAGCCUGCUCAACCCACACAACCCAUUAACAGCGAUCCUGCCAUAAUUCAGUCUCAUUAUCCUCGGCCAGCUACAACGUCUUCAAGCUUGCCUGCUGCUGCUGCUGCUAACUCGUCGUCUGGUCCUAGUACCCAUAAUGCACAUCCAGGUCAUCCUGGGUCAACUUUUCAAGGUGGGCUGCCUUUAUAUCAACCUGGUGGGAAUGUUGGAUCUUGGGGCCCUUCACCACCUCCUCCAAAUGCAAACAGUAGUGGGAUUGCAAUGCCGAUGUAUUGGCCAGGAUACUAUGCCCCACCAAAUGCGCUUCCGCAGUUGCAUCAACAAUCAUUGCCUCGACCACCACAGGGGUUAGGAAUGCCUCCAUUACAGCAACCUAUGCAGUAUCCUAGUUUUAAUGCAUCCUUGGCAAGUGGAGCACCAAAUGCAUCAACUCCAAACUUGCCUGAAUAUCCAUCUCCUUUAUUGCCAGUGUCUACCAGUUCAGCUACUUUAACCUCUAACUCUUUACUGGGAUCAACAUUGCCUUCCAGUCUUCCUUCAGGAUUAGCUACUGGAUCUUUGCCAACUCUGAUGCAUAAUAAAGCUCCUAACUCUGUGGGUCCUACCCCACCAAGUGGUAGCAUGCAACCACAGUCUACUCUUACUUCUCCUGCAGCUGCUGUUACUACUGAUGUAAAUGCCACCAUACCUCCCAUCUCUCACAAGCCUAAUGUGCUUUCUGGUGCCAAGUUUUCUUAUCAGGGCACGUCUCAGCCUAUUUCGUCUGUUGGUGGGGCACCUACUGAAUCACCCACACCAUCGCUUGUAACUCCUGGGCAGCUGCUGCAGUCUCUGCCAGCUGCUGUUGUUCCAGCCCAAUCCUCACAAGCUGUUCACAGUGAUGCGGAAGUGGUUCAAGUGUCAUCAGCAUCAUCAUCAUCAACAUCGUCUGUGCCCAUUCCAGUGCCAACUGAAGCUCAGCCUCCAUUAUUGCCAUUACCAACUCAAACGCAUAUUGCUCCAAAGCCCAAUGGAGCUACUUACCAUACUCGGUCGAAUUACAGUUACAGAGGUCGUGAAAGAGGCAGAGGAUCUGGGGGCUCACAACCAGUGAUGAAAUUUACCGAGGAGUUCGAUUUUAAUGCAAUGAAUGAAAAAUUCAACAAGGAUGAAGUCUGGGGUAGUUUGGGAAAAAGUAACAGGUCAGGUUCAAAGGAGAAAGAUGGCAAUGCUACUGAUGAGGAUGAACUAGAAGAGGAAAACGAUCACAACUUACCGAAAGUUGAUGCCAAGCCUGUGUACAGCAAGGAUGACUUUUUCGAUACAUUAUCAUGCAACUCUCUUGAUCGCCAAUCAAACAAUGGGAGGACUCGGUUCUCGGAACAAAUGAAACUAGAUACAGAGACAUUUGGAGAAUUCUCAAGGUACAGAGGGGGCGGUAGGGGUGGACGUGGGCCCUACCGUGGAGGGCGUUCUCGAGGUGGUUAUUAUGGAAGAGGAUAUGGUUACGGGGGAAGGGGUCGUGGUAUGAGAAAUCCAAAUCCAAAUCCAAAUCCAAAUCCAAAUCCAAAUGCAACCCAUGAUUAUUAAGGCAAGCCUUGUUUGUUGUUUUUACAGAGUAGAGAUACCAAAUGGUCCUGGUGGCUUUUAAGGGAAAUAAAGUUAGAUGAAUGUCUGUUUGUUUGCAGAGUAUUUGUAGACUUGUGAAGUCUCAGAAUACUGAUAUUUCAAGAUUCGUACUGAUGUUGUUCCGGUCGGUGUAAACUUGUUUUCGACAAUUAUUAUCUUGUUCUGUUAGAUGUGAAACAUCAUGUUUUUUGUGAUCAUAGGAAAUGAAUCGUGGUUUGAUUUUGAUAAAAAGAAGUUGGAGAUUUGUUUGGUUCUGUA